AGUAAUUGACUUCAGUUCCGUGGCUCGGAUCAUCGUGCGAUUACUGAUCCGUGAAUCAUGCGUGCUAACGACGUGAUUCUGGUGGAGUAAAUGCAGAAUGGGUAGGUGGGCGUCACUCCUUCCUACCUCCACCUCCUGGGGCUAUCGUGGCACUGCGGACGGUUCGGCGGCGGCUCUAUCACCACCUCAAGCUGCGGUGUGCCGGCUCCGACGGCAAUGGAGUUCUUGCUGCAGCCGUUCAACAGAACGACUCUGAUUGAGGAAGUGAAUGACAGCGAGAUACCGACGGGGCCAACGCGAUGUCCUGUUGUUCCGGUGCCGGCGUUGUCCUUGCCGGCGGCGAGUGCAUCCAGCGCAGAUGCGCUAAUCUGCUCGCCGCCUCAUGGAGCAGCAAAGGAUGGGCGUGAGAGGCCGCAGGGAUCUGAGAACUCGAUAGAGCAAGUUGAUCCACAGGCUCCGGGAUGGACUAGAAGGGUCAGGGUUGGGGCUGCAGCGCCGGGGCGUGCUCCCUGCCCGGAUAGGAUGACAGCCCUGGAGAAAUCGGUCAGAGUUUUUGCUGAAACUCCUGGUGAUAAUGUAAUUGUGCCGAAUAUAGGGGUCAGCUUCGAUACUCUCGGAAAAACUGACCGUAAAGUUCACACACUUGUAGAAACGACGGCCGGCGUUGACUCCAGAGCGAGCGAUCCAGGUAUACACCCGAUCGCCGCACUGUGGACAAGGGACCAGGGGCAAAAUCUCAUCCUGGGGUGCCGAUGAUGAUGAUGCAGACAUGCUUGAGGGCGAGGUGAGAUAAACCAAGUGGGAUGAGGUGCUUAUGUAGAUGAGAACCGUGCUGGGUAAGAUUCCUGCCUCCAACGGGUAGAUGCAUUAAAUAAGUGUGCAACCACCCGUUAGACCAGAAUCCCUACCGGGACGGCUCAGUUCGUAAUGCAAUUUCUGCCCCGCCAAGCAUAAAAUCUGUUCCGCGCCGGUCCGUGCUAACGGCGAAGCUGUGAUUCCAUCGGGCUGGUGGGCCAUGGGCCAUAAAAAUUUUGCAUCGCUGGAAUUCCACCCUGGAAAGACCUGUCCACCAGCGCUCAUCACGAGAAGGAGUUGUGGUACAGAUACCGAGAGCACUGCAGCUCGUGAUCACUUUAGCACUUUCGAAUUCAUGAGAACUACUGAGUAGACCACUCUUCUUUUUACGCCUGCAGUUGAAUCUUUAUGGUCCUUUCUUUUUUGUAGAGAGAAAAGCCGUUGGCCGAGCCUGAAAAGAGCUCGAACCUAACCCGAUUUUGAAUUAAUAAAGCCAUCAACCGGCCAGGAUUACAGAGGCACCACAUUACAAAGGGAAUGAAUGCAAAGCAAAGCGGAAAGAAGAUACAAGGUACUAGGUAGAAUAAUACAAUGGCAACAACCGGAGCAAGCACAACAUCGUUGCCGACGACCAGCACUACGCCUACACCAACUAGCCAACUAAGAGCACCGGAGGCAGGCCACGCCGUGCAAGAAUUGAGCGCCGGCAACACCCAUAGGCCAACCUUGGGAAACAAUUGCUCUGUCUCGACCGUCGCAAAGGGACACUAUCACUAGUAGAAAAAGGGUCAAAUGUGAAGCACAUUAGUGCCGGUUUGGAUUUGAGCCGGCACUAAUGUGACCAUUAGUGCCGGUUCCAACGGCUAGGCGGGCGGACAUCAUUAGUACCGGUUCGUGGGCAACCUUUAGUACCGGUUCAUGCCACGAACCGAUACUAAUGAGCCCAGUGCGGCUGUGAUCAGGCUGGGGCCCCCACAAAGACCUUUAGUACCGGCUCGUGGCAUGAACCGAUACUAGAGUUUCUUAGUAAGCUGAUUUUUAGUCCCACCUCGCCAAGAGAGAGGCAGUAUGAGCGGUUUAUAAGCCGUGAGUGCAGAGACAAUGACGAA